AUGGAUAAAGAACUCCCUAAAGCCAGUCCCAGUGAGCCUGCACUGAACAUCAAGAAGUCAGGCAAAUCCUUCAAAUGCAAGAAGCCCACCAAAAAUGUGCAGGUCUUUUUAAUCAAUAGACUGGGCAGGAACAGAAGUGACACUGACCUGUCAAGAUGGGUGUGGAUGCUGUCAUAA